AAGAGCGAAAUUUUGACUUAGUUUAUUGGGGAAGUUGCUAAUUCGAGUGGUGAAAAUCUCAGACAUUGAAAACUAAGAACGUAUAAUAAUACACGUUUACUAUAUCUCAAGCACGUAUAUUAUUGUGAAUAAGAUAGGAGCUGAAGAAGCAUUUGAUACAGCUGAUUUUUAGUUUAUAAAUUAAAUUUAAUUAUCUCUGACAAAAAACAAGCAAAACAUCAGCGAAAAGAGAUAUUCAUAUUGGAAUAAACGUGUCACACCAAUUAAAUCGAAUCAGAUCGGCAUCGCAUACAUCCAAUUGCAUAUGCAUAUCUAUUCACGUGCACACUUACAAAUUGUAUAAGAAGAUUUAAAAUCUCUUAGAGAACAUCAUGUAAAGUUUAAAUCAAUUUAAUGAAUACCAUAUUUUAUAGAGGCAAUCAAAUCAAGUCUUAAGCAAAAAAAAAAUUCAAAAUUUAAUUUAUGUACAUCGUUGAAAGAGCCAUUUAUUAUCAAUUCUUACAAGUAAAUACGGUUUUAAGAUAUUGAAGUAUUUUUUUUUACCAUUUAAACGAAGUUUAACCUCUACAAAUAAAAACAUGUAUGGACUGAUUUUUGGCUUACGUUCAAAGGUUACAUCAUUGAUGCCGUGGUUACUGUAAAGGAGUUUAUAUUGAAAAAAACUGUCUGUUUCCCUCAGAGUAGAACGCAGGACUGAAAACAAAUAUCAGUUUAAAUUAAAUAUGCUGUUAAUAUUAACACAAAUAUAUUAUCAGGAAAGAUAACAUCUUAUCUUUCGGUCAAACAGAAAACCAUUUACAGCUUCAAAUAAUUCUGAGAGAAUAUUUUCCACUAUAAACACUCUGGUAUGUGCGAGAAUGGAGUUACCGGUGAAUCCACACACAAACAACUGUGGAGUAAUCUGUCCAAUGAUUACGAUCAGCCGAGGCCGCAAAGGGAACGAUUAUCAGCGGUAACACAAAUACAACAACAGCGAUAUGGAAAUAAUGCAAAUUUGGACGAAAUUGAAAAUCCGUUGGCGAGCUUUGGCGAAGAGGCGGCAAUUUCAGUAUGUUUAACAUCGCAAUCGGAAAGGUUGACUGCUUCGCGUUUAACAGAGGGUUACGAUUUAGGCAGUAAUUAUUUAUUAAACCAAAAUUCCUCUUUACCUCGUCGGAAAAAAUUUCGGGAAAAUAUGAAUGUAACAAAAGAUCGGAACUUGAUAGUAGAUCUCUUAGCCAUAUUUUUUGGCAUAGGCACGUGGUUGGGGGUAAAUGGCACCUUUAUUCAAGUACCGUUAUUGGUAAAAGAUGCACCGGAAAGCUGGAGCUUAGCAUCCUACCUUAGCGUCGCAGUGCAAGUAGGCAAUAUUGGUCCUAUUACAUAUACUUUAAUACAACAUUUUUCGAAGAGCAGAAUAAGCGAUGCGUUGUUUAUUUAUAUUUUAUUAGUAUUGGGCACAAUGUCCGCCUUGUUCACCAGUUUCUUCUAUGAAAAGACAGUGUUUUUAUUUGGCGAAGAACGGAGCUUAGCUUUAUAUAUACUAACCUUUAUAUCAGCACUUACAGCAUGCACGAGCUCGGUGCUUUUCAUGCCCUACAUGGGGCGUUUUAAGGAGAAAUACUUGGUGACGUAUUUUGUUGGGGAAGGAUUAAGUGGCUUAUUACCAAGCGUUGUAUCACUUGUGCAAGGAAUAGGCGGUGACGCUGAAUGCAUAUUAGUGAAUGACACUGAGGCAGGUCAGAUCUUCGAGAAGGAAACACAACCUCCCCGUUUCAGCCCAAUGGAAUUCUUCCUAUUUAUAUUUGUUAUAUUUGUUUGCAGUGUAAUUGCAUUUACACUACUGGAUCGUCUUAAAUUAGCCAAACGUGAAUAUGUUGCAGGUCAAAUCGAUUUUGGAAAUAGUUACAAAUAUGAAGACAACAACGCAACUAGUAGUGAAGACCAAAGGAAUGUUACCGAUGUAUCUGGCAAACAAGAUCACACGCAAAUUUCCCAAGGAGAAUAUAUUUUAUUACUGUUACUUAUUGGAUGCUUAUCAUUCUUUGCCAAUGGUAUGUUCAGUUCAAUACAGUCCUACUCAAGCUUACCAUAUGGCAAUUCAGCAUAUCACUUAUCGGUAACUUUAAGUGUAAUUGCUAAUCCUGUAGCAUGCUUCUUGGCGAUUUUUAUACCCCAUACUUCGUUGAGGCCCAUAUAUGUGUUGAGCUGCCUAUGCACCGCGUUAACAUUAUAUGUAUUUGUUAUCGCUUGUAUGAGUCCAUUGCCGCCAUUACAUGGUACUAUUGCUGGUUCAUCUAUUACGAUUAUUGCCUGGACUUUGUUAGUUGGCCUAGUAAGUUACACCAAGCUGUCCAUUUCAUCGAUUAUGCGUGCUCAGGGAGGUCGGUCACUGGUAUGGACCGGUGGUCUAACCCAGAUUGGUUCUUUGUUAGGAGCUAUACUAAUAUUUAUUUUAAUAAAUUUCACUGACAUUUUUCACGAAGCGAAUACUGAGUGUUGAUGCUCGAAAACAUAAUGUGGUUUUUUGCACAUCAUAAGUAAUAAUGAAUAUCUGUGAAUCGAAAGAAUGUACUUAUAAAAAUCAUGUACCUACUUGAAAUAUUUUAUGCGUGUGUAUGUUAUAUUGAAUUUAAACUCUGUUGCUCUUAUUUAUUGAUUCAAUUAAGUAAAAUCAAUAUCUACAUUAUAUGAAAAACACUAAAUGCGCAUUUAAAGAAUAAAGUUGAGAGUUGCCUGCA